CACCAUGCUUUUCUGACGUCGAACUGGAUGCAAUGGCGCUCUUCUUUCAUUUCCCUUAGACAACGUCUUCCCCAGAGUGAUUAAUCUCGACCGGCUGACGAACGUGGAGUACGUACUUCGGACCGUUGAUGUAACUGUGCGGUACUAUCCAUCAACCUCAUUCUCCGCUUCUUCACCCGGUUUUUCCUUUUUCUCUCUUUCUCUGUUAGCUUGUUUUUGUUUUCCGUGACCGCUUUCCUUUCUUUCCCGGUGCCCCUCUGCAUCCGGUUUGCGAUUGAGAGUCAUCUCACGCUGGUCAUUAGCCACCUUAAUAUCAAAACUUUUUCCCCCGAAGCGCACUCAUGGCUCCCUUGCCGGAUUAUCAUGGAAGCGCCGUAUCGAGUGACCUGAAUCAGGACGCAGAAUAUGAUAUCAGCGGCAAGGACACGGAAAAGCAGCAAGAGGAAAAAGGCCGUCCGGAAUAUCAGGACACCUUUGGUGAUGAAGAAUACGCCGAGGUGAAGUACAAGGUGUUAAGCUGGUGGCAAUGUGGUUUUCUGAUGGUCGCGGAAACGGUGUCGUUGGGGAUUCUCUCGUUACCCGCCGUGGUUGCUGCCUUAGGCCUUGUCCCUGCUAUUAUUCUUCUGCUCGGCCUCGGCCUCCUGGCAACUUAUACUGGUUAUACCAUUGGACAGUUCAGAUGGCGCUAUCCUCACAUCCAAAGCAUGGCCGAUGCCGGCGAAGUCCUUCUCGGCAAGUUCGGGCGCGAGUUCUUGGGAACCGGUCAGCUUCUGCUGGUCAUUUUCAUCAUGGCUAGUCACAUCCUUACCUUUACGGUGGCCAUGAAUACUAUCACAGACCACGGAACCUGCUCCAUUGUCUUUGGUGUUGUGGGUCUAGUCAUCUCAUAUAUCUUAUGUUUACCGCGUACAUCGUCCAAGGUGUCGUAUCUCUCUAUUGCUUCUUUUAUCAGUGUCUUUAGCGCCGUAAUGAUUGUCAUGAUUGCCCUUGGCAUCCAACGCCCGUGGCAUGGUGGGGUCCAGGCAACCGUCGACACCAGCCUGUACAAGGCGUUCCUUGCUGUGUGCAACAUAGUAUUUUCUUUCUCGGGCCAUGUUGCGUUCUUUGGAUUCAUGUCCGAACUCAAGGAUCCAAAAGAAUACCCCAAAUCUCUCUUUCUUCUCCAGGGCAUUGAUGUCUGCCUAUACAUCGUCACGGCUAUCGUUAUUUAUUACUAUGCUGGCCAGGACGUAACUUCCCCUGCUUUAGGGUCUGCUAGUCCCGUGGUGCGCAAGGUGGCCUACGGCAUUGCGCUUCCUACGAUCAUUAUCGGUGGAGUAGUCAACGGCCAUGUCGCGUGCAAGUACGUCUACGUCCGUCUAUUCCGUGGCAGCGACCGCAUGCACAAGAAGGAUCUAGUGGCCACCGGGUCUUGGGUGCUCCUUAUGUUGCUCUUGUGGAUCGUGGCCUGGGUCAUCGCGGAGGCGAUUCCAGUCUUCAACAAUCUUCUGAGCUUAGUUGCCUCUCUCUUCGCAAGCUGGUUCACCUAUGGCCUCAGCGCCACAUUCUGGCUCUAUCUCAACAAGGACCGUCUCUUCGCGACGCCGAUGAAAAUCUUCCUCACCAUCGUCAAUGUCCUUAUAUUCGCGAUCGCAGGAUGCAUCUGUGGUCUCGGCCUGUAUGUUUCCGGUAAAGCAUUGCAUGAUGACCCCAGUAGCGCUAGUUUCUCGUGUGCAAAUAAUGCUUGAUCUUUUGCAUUGUUCCAGCAUCGGGCCGGAGUUGUUGUAUUAUACGCAUCAAUAAUUGUAUCUAUAGAUCAGAUUUGUUUGGAAUGAAUUUACAGCCCGCAUGGAAGGCG